UUGAAGGCAAUGCAAUAUUCUGAUGGUAAACCAAUCUUAUGUUUACCGGGUAAAGACCAAUGUCCAACCAGGUCAUCGUGCUUCUUCAACGGAAUGGACUUCUUCUGCUGUCCAAACGCUGAUGAUCCAUACGAUAAACAUAUUUUUGGAGGUGUGAAUACUUUCAUUUGA